CCAGCGCGGUGGAUAUUUCGCAUAUCCGCAGUGGAGAAUCGCAUAUCGCAGCGGUAUCGAGUUUUGAAAUUCUGUUUCGACUGCCAUAAAAAAUAAAUAUAAUAAUUAAUAAACAAAUCCGCUGUGCGUGCCUGUGUGCCUGUGUGUGUCUGUAUGUGUCCCGACUCAAUGAAAUGCCAAACUAAAUAAGCUUGGAAAAGUUUUCCAUCCAGUUUUUAUGGCAGCCCAGCGAGGCCCGAAAAAAGUGUCAAUUGAAUUAGCGUCUCGGGUUUUAAGAAAAUAAUAAAGAUCCGCAGAGAGAAGGUGAUUGGAUCGCGGAUUUCUAAAUUCGCAAAGGUGUUUCUCUGCAGUGAAAUACCACCUGUGGCUCCUCCUUCCAGUUUCAGCGCCACUCUCUGGAAUCCUACUUCCAUUUCAGCUAAACAGCGAACGUCGACGGCAGAAAAACAAAUACAUCAACGGAAAGGAAAACAAAGAGGAAGAGCAAAAGCGAAUCGGAAAAGCGGGAAAGUGGGAAAGGAGCAACCGCAGGGCGGCGGGCAUGGCGUAUACGCAAUGCGCAGCAUGUGCUAUUACUAUCGCUGCUACUGCCACGGCCACCUCAAGUCAAUUAGGGAGUUCACACGCCAGCGGCCACUGUAAUUGAAGCCCACACCUGUUCCGUCCUCCUCCAUUAGCCCGGCACCAGCCUUCAAUACUCGAUCGGGGAGCGGAACCCCGUGCCAUCCGUGGAAUAUCUAUAACACACAUCCAGCACCAUGUCCGGCUAUCGCUACUUCUCGAUCACGGACUUCUCGUUCGAGGGUCCACUGCUGCCGCUGCACGCGGCCACCACCAGCAGGGAUGCCAAGGACUCGGACAGUCCCAGCUCCGAGCUGAACAUACCCUACACCGUCUUCGAGGUCCUGGUGGCCAUCGUCAGCAUCAUCGGCAACGUGCUGGUGAUCAUCGUCUUCCGGCGGGAACGAAAGCUGCGUCGCCGCACCAACUACUACAUUGUAUCCCUGGCCAUGGCCGAUCUGCUGGUGGGCGCCCUGGGCAUUCCCUUCGCCAUCCUGGCCUCCAUGGGUCUGCCCAGGAACCUGCAUGCCUGCCUCUUCACCGUCUCCCUGCUCGUGGUGCUGUGCACCAUCUCCAUCUUCUGCCUGGUGGCCGUCUCCGUGGAUCGAUACUGGGCCAUCCUCUAUCCGAUGGCCUACUCGAGGAAUGUCCGCACCCGCACGGCGAUAUUCAUCAUCUCCAUGUGCUGGGUGGCCGGGACGAUAGUGGGCUUCCUGCCGCUCUUCGGCUGGCACGCCGAUGUCAACCACAACCAGGAGUGCCUCUUCGUGGAGGUGAUGGACUACAACUACCUCGUCUUCCUCUACUUUGCCACCAUCAUCACGCCGGCUCUGCUGAUGCUGGCCUUCUACACGCACAUCUACCGGGUCAUCAUCAAACAGGUCCGUCAGAUCGUUACGAUGAACCCCGCCUCCGAUCUCAGUCGUCGCUCCUCGGCGGCCGUGGUGCAGGUGACGACACCCGGAAGAGGUGGACACACGGGUACCAUGCUGCGGGUGCUGGGCGCCGCAAGGAAGCGGGACGUCAAGGCCACCCAGAAUCUGUCCAUUAUCGUGCUGUUCUUCAUGAUCUGCUGGAUACCGCUCUACACGAUCAACUGCAUCAAGGCCUUCUGUCCCGACUGCUAUGUGCAUCCCAAGCUGACGCUCUUCUGCAUCAUCCUCUCGCAUCUGAACUCGGCCGUGAAUCCCGUCCUGUACGCCUAUCACCUCAAGGACUUUCGGGCCGCGCUGAAGAACUUGCUCCUGAAGAUGAUGGGCGUGGACAUUGACCAGCAGGCGGAGGCCAUCCACCGGUUCUCGGUGGCCAGUCAGCAUCGCCUGCAGUCCAUGGACUCCAAUAUGCGCUCCACGCAGCCGCGCCUCUAUGUGGGUGAGUGUGAGUGCGCGUUGUCUUCCUGCAACUGUGGCCAAAUCCCUUUAACCCUCCGCAUUUUCCCCGCAGAUUCACCCAUUUGGUUGAGGCAGCAGCAGGAGGCCCUGAAGAACUCCCAGCUUCUGCCCAAGUGCGGAGUGGUGUCGCCCUGUUUCAACAACAUCAACCAGACGGUGGCCGCCGUCGCCUCGGUGACCACAGAUCUCGAGCGAGAGAUGUGGAACAUAGUGGAGGCCUCCAGUGGCGCCGAGCUGGGUGAAACCAGCUACGAGUUCCCCUCCCCCGCUCCGGGUUCCCAGCGAAGCAGUGAACGCAACAGCAGUUCCACUGUCCCACCUGCUCCUGCUGCCCCGGCGAAGCCCUCAGUUCCGUCCGCCUCCUACGACAACCACAACUACAGUUUCAGCCAGGAUGAGGACGAGGAUGAUGAUGAUCUGGAGUUCGAGGACGUAUUUGUGCCGGCCAGCUCGGUUCCAAAUCCCGCUCAGCCUGGCAUAGAUCCCGUGGAACUGCGUCGCUCCCUGGCUCUGGUCAUGAGGGAGAAGUUGCGCUCGGAUGACACGGACUCCAGGCCGAUGGCCAACAAUCAGGAUCUUCCCAUAGAUGCACAGUCCAGGGAGAGACCGCUCUCCACUCAAACAUCGCCCACAAAUGGCCCGCUUCCGGCUCUCCUGAGGGCCAAACUGUUUGCUGGCAACUCCAAUAGCGCUCACUGCCUGCCAGGAUCCGUGGCGAGUCCUGCUGCCCAGGAGCAAUCCGGUGUCUUUGUCAUCGACAGUGAGGCGUGUCCCGGCUCAAAUGGUCACAAGCCCAAGUAUCGAAAGGGCACGGCGUUCACCAGGAGUUCGCUGAAGAAGAGCCGAUCCUGCAACUGUAGUUCCCUUGCCAAGGGACAUGGUGUCCACGAGGAGCCCAGCAGCAAUCUCAGCCGGGAUCAGGAGUCCUCCACGCAGCCACAGCAUCCACAGCAACCACCAGCCAGCCAUCCCACGGAGCACUUCUUCAGUCCCCUGAGAUCGGUGGGCAGCUUCAUGCAGCAUUCCAACCUGUUCCACUUCCUCCAGCCCCACGCCGCCCGUCCCACCUCAUCGACGGCCUCGUCCUCGGCCUCCACGCCCACUCCAUCACCACCACCGCCCACGGGCCAGGCGCAGGAGGAAUCGGUGCCGGUGGGUCUGACCACCUCCUCGCCAUCCCUUCUGGCGACCAGUGCGGAGAGUUGACCUCCGCGGGGAGAAACGAAGCGGGGUCAGCAGGAAGGUCCACUGGAAGAGGAUCACCAGGAUGCGGAGGGGGCAAGAGGUGACCCCUGAGGAAAUACUCGCAAGUCAAAGCUUUUACGUUAAGUACUUCCCGGCUCUCUUAGGCUCUCUUAGGCUCUCUUAAGCUCUCUUUCGGAAACGUUGUCAAAUUCUAUAUCGGAUCUAGAUCAAUUAGUUGGGUAGUGACAUAUAGAGAUUAGGAGCUCUAUUUUGAGCGCAUUUAUUUUGAGUGUAUGGUCAUAAUACCUUUCUACGGACUAGUUAGCUAUGUACAUACAUACGUUUAAUGUUGUUAGAGUAUUUACUGUGUAACAUAUAUGUCUGCUUAUGUAUACCUGAACGUCUGUGAAAACCAAGUGA